GGGCAUUUUCGUCAUCCGAAAUCUGAAGCAGAGCCAACAAGGGUUUAUGCAGGGCUUUGCUGCAGCGCCAAAAACCCUCCUCUCCCCUCCGAUUCUGCAACCGAAUUGCUUCAAUGGCGCCCCUUCACCGCCAAAAUUAGGGCUUGGAAUCCCCCAAAGCUCAGUUUCUACGGUCAUCCUACCACCCAGAUCCUCGCCAAUGUUGAAGCUUCUGUCCUCCUCGGCGUGCCUGCGGAGCCGAGCUCAGCACGCCCUGACCCAGUCCCCCUCCCUGAGCUGCCUCCGGCCGGCGAACAGCCUCCUGCUCGGGGCCUUGAAUUCGCUCCGAGGGCUGAGCCGGAGCAGUCCGAGUUCAUGCCAGAGAGCGUUCUUCUGUUCAGACUCCAGUGGCGAUGGGGGUGAUCCGGCGGCAGUGGCAGAAGGCAAGGUGGCAGAAGCCGAGUCCGACGCGAGCGAGAAGGCGUCUUCUGCAAUCGUUCCGACAUACCCCAGGCCCGAAGAUUACCUGACGGUGCUGGCACUGCCAUUGCCUCACAGACCACUAUUUCCAGGGUUUUACAUGCCAAUAUACGUGAAGGAUCCCAAACUAUUGGCAGCUUUACAGGAAAGCAGAAAACGGCAAGCCCCAUAUGCUGGUGCUUUCCUCCUAAAAGAUGACCCAGGGGCCGAUCCUAGUGUGGGUGCUGGAUCAGAAUCAGACAAAAGCAUACAUGAUGUUAAAGGGAAGGAACUAUUUGAUCGUCUUCAUGAAGUUGGUACACUUGCACAGAUAUCAAGCAUCCAAGGAGAUCAGGUAGUUCUUGUUGGGCAUAGACGACUUCGAAUUACGGAGAUGGCGAGCGAGGAUCCCCUCACUGUCAAAGUAGAUCACCUCAAGGAAUUGCCAUAUGAUAAGGAUGAUGAUACGAUAAAGGCAACGUCCUUUGAGGUUAUAUCAACUCUAAGAGAUGUUCUCAAAACGAGUUCCUUAUGGAGAGAUCAUGUGCAAACAUACACCCAGCAUAUAGGUGACUUCAAUUAUGCAAGGUUAGCUGACUUUGGAGCAGCAAUAUCUGGUGCGAACAAACUGCAGUGCCAGGCAGUACUUGAGGAGCUUGAUGUAUAUAAACGCUUGAAACUUACCCUGGAACUCGUGAAGAAAGAAAUGGAAAUAAGUAGAAUUCAGGAGUCAAUUGCAAAAGCAAUCGAAGAAAAGAUAAGUGGUGAGCAACGGCGAUACUUGUUAAAUGAGCAGCUUAAAGCCAUAAAAAAGGAACUUGGAGUGGAGACAGAUGACAAAACAGCUCUUUCUGCUAAAUUUCGGGAAAGAAUUGAAUCAAACAAGGAGAAGAUUCCUGCUCAUGUUAUGCAAGUUAUUGAAGAAGAACUUACAAAACUGCAGCUGCUAGAGGCCAGUUCAAGUGAAUUUAAUGUGACUCGAAACUAUUUGGAUUGGUUGACUGCGCUUCCUUGGGGAAACUAUAGUGAUGAGAACUUUGAUGUGCUUCGGGCACAAACGAUACUUGAUGAGGACCACUAUGGAUUGAGUGAUGUCAAAGAACGAAUUUUGGAAUUUAUUGCUGUUGGUAAACUAAGAGGAACCUCACAAGGUAAAAUCAUUUGUCUUUCUGGCCCACCUGGAGUGGGGAAAACUAGCAUAGGUCGGUCAAUUGCACGUGCCCUGAACCGGAAGUUCUUCCGCUUUUCUGUUGGUGGAUUAGCUGAUGUUGCAGAAAUUAAGGGCCAUCGUAGAACGUACAUUGGUGCCAUGCCCGGAAAGAUGGUGCAGUGUCUCAAAAAUGUGGGAACAGCCAAUCCUCUUGUGCUGAUCGAUGAGAUUGACAAGCUAGGGAGAGGGCAUGCUGGUGAUCCAGCCAGUGCUCUAUUGGAGCUUCUUGACCCUGAGCAGAACGCUAACUUCCUUGACCAUUAUCUUGAUGUUCCCAUUGACCUAUCAAAGGUGCUAUUCGUAUGUACAGCAAAUGUGGUGGAAACGAUACCGAAUCCUCUCUUGGACAGGAUGGAAGUAAUUGCCAUUGCUGGGUAUAUCACUGAUGAGAAGGUUCAUAUCGCCCGAGAUUAUUUGGAGAAGUCUACGCAAGAAGCUUGUGGCAUCAAGCCUGAACAGGUUGAAGUAACCGAUGCAGCUCUUCUUGCCCUGAUAGAAAACUACUGCAGAGAAGCAGGGGUCAGGAAUCUUCAGAAGCAAAUUGAAAAGAUAUACCGGAAGAUUGCUCUUCAACUUGUAAGGCAAGGUGAGCAAAAAACAGUCCCUGCAAAUGCUGAAGGGGAGGGAGUAGGGCUCACAGAAGCCAAAGUAGAACCAGACGAGGACUCGAGUCCACGCAGAAGUGAAGGUGAUUCCCAAAACAUAGCUGAUAAAGUUGAGACCAGCAGCAGCGUUGAUGAAACCAGUGUGGCCUCUCUGGAAGUUGAACAAGUCCAGCAGCCCUCAGAUCAAUCUACAGAAUUGAAGGACCCGACUGACUUCGAGGAAAAACAAGGAACUGAAGCAACUAAGACACUAGAGAAGAUUACAGUGGACACCUCGAACUUGGCAGACUAUGUUGGCAAGCCCGUCUUCCAUGCAGAACGAAUUUACGAGCAAACACCUGUUGGGGUGGUGAUGGGCCUUGCUUGGACUGCUAUGGGUGGGUCCACUCUGUACAUAGAGACCAUUCUGGUUGAACAAGGGGAAGGGAAGGGAGCCCUGCAUGUUACUGGACAGCUCGGGGAUGUUAUGAAGGAGAGUGCCCAGAUCGCGCACACUGUUGCUAGAACCAUAUUGCUAGAGAAGGAACCUGAUAAUCAAUUCUUCGCCAAUUCCAAACUUCAUCUCCAUGUUCCGGCUGGGGCCACCCCAAAAGACGGGCCCAGUGCGGGUUGUACUAUGAUUACUUCAAUGCUGUCACUGGCAAUGAAGAGGUCUGUCAAGAAGGAUCUUGCGAUGACAGGUGAAUUAACACUCACGGGCAAAAUUCUUCCAAUUGGAGGGGUAAAAGAGAAAACUAUAGCUGCAAGGAGGAGCGAAGUGAAAACUAUAAUAUUCCCUUCAGCUAACAGGAGAGAUUUCGACGAGCUCGCUCCCAAUGUGAAGGAAGGCCUUGAUGUGCACUUCGUUGACGAUUACAAUCAGAUAUUUAAUAUCGCGCUUGGUGAAGACCCAAAGCGAGAAGACUAGGUUUUCUUUCCCUUUUGGGCUUCCAAACCAAUAUGAUUUAUUGAAUUCUGGCUGUUUUUAGCAGAGAAAACUACACAUCCUGGGACAAGGGCAAGUUUUGUACAAUGUGAUUGUUCUUUACCUGGUCACUCUGGACAAAAUGCCAGCAGUGACCAUCGAUCAUAACCAUUUGCUUGGUUUGUAGUUAAUGUACAAUUGAUUACUUACAUCAAGCAAUAAGAAAAUUUUUCAAGCCGACAUUUAUUGGCA